AUGAGGCCUACUUGGUACAGCAUCGAUCUCCCCCACCCGGAAAACAUCCGCGAACGAUUUGGCGAAGGAGGAAUCCCAAUGUGCCAUCAAGAGGUCACGGAUCUCGCGAAUCAUGAGCGAUUGAUAACGGGCCGACUAAGCAUCGGAGGUCCCACUUCUGUGGCGAUGAGUUGCUAUGGUCGCUAUCAGAAAUACCUGGUAGAUAUCAAUGAUCCGGAUCAGCCACCAGAGGUGGGAUACAUUUCACUCAUUCGAACAAGAGAGCAUGCCACUGACAACACCAACCAGACACGCCCCAAGCGCCGCAAUCGCCGAGACAAGCAUCAUACUCCCAGUUCACAGGCUGCUCAAGCUGAACCAGAGGAGGACCACAAGAACCCUAUGGCGGAAAUGGACCCGCAGGUCAUGGCCGACAACCUCAAGAACCCAGCGGCCAAGCUUGCCCGAGUUAUUGAAAGGAUCGACAACGAAGAGGCAGCUAAGGCUAGUGGGGAGGCUUCCAAGGACAGCGCAGAGGUUCUCAACAGUGCGGAGAUUCUCAAGGACCUCGGUGCAGUGGUAGACAAGCAGGCUAUGCCAGACAAUGUGAAGAACCCAGCGGCAGAGCUUGCUCCAGUAAUCGAACGGAUUGACAGCAAAGAGGCUGCAAAGUCUAGCACAGAUGCUCCCAAAGGUAGUGGAGAGGCUCCCAAGGACAUCGGAAUGCCGGGCGUGCAGGGUGGUGCGGACAAGGUGCAGCUCCCGACUAUCAACGAAGAAGGCAUCAUGACUGGCAAGGAGAACGAGACGCCCAACUGA